UAUAUAUAACAUCAUUUGAACCCUAGAAAACAGAAAAAGUUCGUUAUGAAAAUUUGUUUACAAACUCUAAUUUAAAGUUAUAAAAAUGGGAGUAAAAGAUCUUUGGAAUAUUUUAUCUCCUUUAUGCGAGAGAAAACCAUUAUUUGAACUUCAAGGAAAAACAAUAGCUAUUGACCUUAGUUGUUGGGUUGUAGAUAGUCAAACAAUAGUUGAUCAUUAUGUUCAACCAAAAAUGUAUCUUAGGAAUCUCUAUUUUCGUACAAUAUUUCUCCUUAUGCAAGGAAUAUCACCGGUAUUUGUGUUAGAAGGAAAAGCACCUGCACUGAAAUAUAAUACAAUUGCUAAAAGAAAUGAUAUUCGUUCUGGUUUUCAAGAGAAAAAAUUAAUUCAAAGAAAAGGAAGAACCCAAUUUAAAAAAAUCCUCAAUGAAUGCAAGGAAAUGCUUGAAUAUAUGGGUUUAGCAUGUGUGCAAGGACAUGGGGAAGCAGAAGCAAUGUGUGCAUAUUUAAAUGAAGAUGGACUUGUUGAUGGAUGUAUAAGCCAAGAUAGUGAUUGUUUUUUAUAUGGAGCAAAAGUAGUUUAUAGAAAUUUUUGUACAAGUGCCCAAGGAAAUCGUGGAGGUACAGGAGGUGCUGUAGAUGAAUAUAGACUAGAAAAAAUAGAGAAAGUAUUGCAACUAGGAAGGAAUAAGAUGAUAGUAUUAGCUUUAUUGUGUGGCUGUGACUAUGAUGAUGGAUUAAAUGGAAUUGGCAAGGAAGCUGCUAUGAAGCUUUUUAAAAUUGUAGAAAAUAAAGAUAUUAUUGAACGAAUAAAGAGUUGGAAAACUGAUACUACUUUAGAUCAUAAGGAAGCAGAAUUAUUGAAUUCAAACUUAUGUUCAUCUUGUGGACAUAAUGGUAAAAUUCAAAAACAUGCAAAAUCAGGUUGUAUAGAUUGUGGUACAGUUGUGAAGUGUAAUAAUUCUUAUAGGGGAAAAAAAGCAUUAUUAUUAAAUGAAAUUACAUUACGAAAAAAAGCACUUCUUGUUGAAAAUUUUCCAAAUCAGGAAUUAAUAGAUGAAUAUCUUCUUAGGAAAGAUCCAGUACCUAAGAAAAUAGAUAUUCAAUGGAAACAACCACGUGUGAAUGAAUUUAUAGCUUUCAUGGAACGACAUUUAUCAUGGGAACCACAUUAUGCAUUUGAAAAAAUAUUUCCUUUAGCAACUCGCUGGCAAUUAGUACAUCUUCCAAAUAUCUCUGCUGAAAAUCGUUUAGUAAUACCUGAUUUAUACAUACCUAGAAUAAAAAAAAUUCGAAAUAUUAGGAGUGUUGCGAGUUAUGAAAUUAUUUGGAAAACUGAUCAUACUAUAAUAGAAAAAAUUAAAGAAUAUAUGGCAUUAGAUAAUGAAAGUGAUGAGAUUAAUAUAGAUAUUUUAUCUGAAUUAACAAGUAUUGAACCACAGAAUGCUGUACAGAAAUGUUAUCCAGAAUUAGUUGAAAUAUUUGAAAAUGCAAGAAAUGCGAAGAAAAUAAAAAAGCGUCAACCUAAAAGUAAAGUGAAAAAUAUUACAGAUGGUAAUGAUGGUAAACGUAAAGCAGAAAAAAGACGUCAGAAAAAAACUGAAAAAUUAUUAACAAAUGCAGAAAAUAAUAGAAAAAUUGAUGAUUUCAUUAUGAAAGAUAAUCCUAUAUCAUUAGAAGAAUCUUUAAGAAGGAUGAGUAUUACACCAAAAAGAUCUAAAAUAUUAGAUUGUUCACAAGAAAAAAAAAGUCAGGAAAAGAAUGAUAAAAUAAAACGUGGUCCACAAUUUAAUAAAAUAUUGCAGUUAGAAAACAUGAAUCCAAAAUUAAAUAAUACGUUGGAUAAGAUGUUUAAUGAACUUUCGCCAGAUGAUUUCAUGAGUGAUAAUGAUCAUGAUUUAAACAUGUCAGAAAUAAUCGAUAAUAUAUGUAGUCGAAAAAUUUUUCAAUAUAAUGUUAAAGAAGAUAUGCAUAUAGAUGAAAAUAAUUUAUGUGAAAAAGAUGCUGAAAUUUUAAAAACAAUUGAUAACGUAAAUAAUUUUCAAUCGAAAUUUAACGAAUAUUCAAAAAAUAAUGUAAAUUGUGAUCAAAUAGAUGAAUUUGCCGAUAUAAAUGAAUCUUAUAUUCCUCUUAAUCAAAGAAUAAAUUACAAAGAAACAAUAUUUCAAAAUACUUCUACACCAAUAAAUGCUAAAUUUAGUCUUGGAUUUGAUGCUCUCAUGGAUGAUACUGAUCCGAAAAAUCAAUUUGUCACGUAGUAUAUAGUAUCACAUCUUUGUGCAAUUGAUGUCCAUUCAUAUAUAUUAAAAUAAUUUCAUAAUAUUGUGUAAUAAAAUAAUUCUUUAUCAAUCGUCGAUUCACAAUUGAUCAUUGCACUUAUUUCUAUAUAUUAUGUACGAUGUAAAGAACAUUGUCAAAAAUAUACAAACGUAUAUAUAUACGUGUAUCCAACAUGAUAGUAAAAUAUGGAAAAAUGAAAGUAUGGAAAAAUCUUGUUAUAUAAUGAAUAAUCGAAUUGUUUUUUUCUUUAUUUCUUCGAUAGUUAAUUUCCUAAUGAAGAAUUUUGAUCCUGUUCAUUCUGUAUUUUAAAUCGAUCGAUUUAAAUCGAGUUUAUUAAAUUACUUUAUUGAACUUUAUUGAAUUCUGAACUGUUCUUCUAUUUUCUAAAAAAUAUAUAUAUAAAAUAAAAAUUAAGACUAUUAGAUAUAAGCAUUCUUGAUAGGUACAUUGCAAUCAAUAUCUUGUUAUUCACUUGAUCAAUUAACCGAAAACAGUAAACUAUUGGAACUUAAAAUAAAAGCAUUUAUGUACGUGAGGCAUUAUAAUUAUAAUUUAAGAAAGUAUUUUAUAUUUUUGGAUAACUAACUUGUUACUAUCUUGUAUAUUGUCUUCUGGAAAAAAUAU